UCGCGAACUUCAUUCAACGUUUUGGUUUCGUGUAGUGUUGUUGUAUUCGACGAUAACUUCAAUCAAUUAUUCACUAUGCCGCCUAAAGCUAGUGGUAAAGCUGUUAAGAAAGCUGGUAAAGCUCAGAAGAACAUUAGUAAAUCCGAUAAAAAGAAGAAGCGUAAGAGGAAGGAAAGCUAUGCUAUUUACAUCUACAAAGUACUUAAACAAGUACAUCCGGACACUGGUAUUUCAAGUAAAGCCAUGAGCAUUAUGAACAGUUUUGUCAAUGAUGUUUUUGAACGAAUUGCCGCGGAAGCAUCGAGAUUAGCUCAUUACAAUAAACGUUCGACGAUCACUUCUCGAGAAAUUCAAACUGCAGUGCGUUUGUUGUUACCUGGUGAGCUCGCAAAACAUGCUGUUAGCGAAGGUACUAAAGCUGUGACCAAAUACACGAGCUCAAAAUAAAUGAUUAAUAUUGUGGAAUUAUAAAACCGGCCCUUUUUAGGGCCAC